AUGCGCGUCGCUGUUCUUGCGACACUGUUGCCCGCAGUACGUGGCCUUUCGACACAGCAUUGCCAUACCACCGUGAAAAGCAACUCAAGGCUAGGAACCGAAGACCCGAUCACUCCUAUAUGGACUCCUGAUAGUCGGUAUGGCUCAGGUCUACCUGGUCCGAUGCCUUCCUCAACUAUAGCAGCUUUCACCGGAUUGCUUCCAGCUUCCCUGGAGAGUGCAUGGCAGUGGUCUAUCCUUUCCAGCUCAUCCGUGACAACAGUCGAUUCGAUGACUUCGAGUCCCAUCGCCAGCGUUUCACCGAGUGUGCCCACUCAAUCGAGUGUGUUCACACUUGACUGUAAGGAAGCUUCUCUUCGUCCGACACUGACAAUUACAUCAACAUGUUCGAGUACCGCCUUCGAUUCUCCAUCGACUGCAGCUUUCACAAUGCCGAGCUCCAUAUCUCCUUUCUCAACAUUCAUGUCACAAUAUCCGCCGGCCUACCCUAGCUUGCCCAUCUUUCCUCAUGACCCGACGUCACUCAUCUGGAGUUCAGUUCAUUCAUGCACGAGCUCUGCAUCUCCCUCUCCAACUUUCACAUCCAAGGAGCCAAUCAAUAUAUCUUCUUACGAUAGCCCUCUCGGUCUACCCUUGCACCCAAGCUCACAAACGAAGGGUGGGACCGUACCAAGCAUAUCCGGCCCCUCUACGAAAUCGAUCCCUAGGAAGCCGACGUCCACGAUGAAUUUCCUUACGCUCAAGACUUCUCUCACGUAUUGCGAAACAUUGACGCACAGAACUGACCCUGAGGUUAUCACAAGCAUAAUCGUGCCGGACAGGCAUUGUCCGUAUCCUUAUCCAAGAAUAUACUGCGGCGAAACGAUGACGAUAUUGGUAACCAAGACGAAGGACAAGCCGAAGACUAGUGACUCUGGAUGCCCUUAUUCUGGACAUGACAUCAUAUGUUAA